GAUGUCUAACACCGUCUUGUUUUCAUGGAAAAGCUGCUGCUCGGCUCUGGCAAAUGGAGAGCUGGAUGUUAACGCAGUGACACCAAAUACGAGACAGUGAGGGGCCCGUGAACCUGCAGCGUUUGGCCAUGGACGCUUGUGCUCGUAUUAAAGGGGUCCCAGUCAGGUCUCGAGCCACAGUCCGAAAGGAGACUGUGCGUGAGAGUGGAGUGCAUAGUGUUAAGAGCCUUUUUAGAAACAAAAAGGAGCUAUGCAGCAUUUGCUUAGAAGUGCCGACCAGAGACACCACAAGGCUGACAGAGAUUAAUUUUGUCUGUCUGCCAAGUCAGUGUGAAGGAGACGAGGCCGGCCAUCAGCCUCUGUUGUCGUUACCAGUGGGUCUGUGUGAGCUGCUCAGGCCACAUCACAUCCAAAGCCUCAAACAGGACGAGGUUCUGCUGCUCAAAGACUAUCGCAGGGUUCUGGACCACAAGGAUGCGGCUUCCCAGGUUGUGUGUAAAGCCGUGUGUGUGAUGAGGCACAGUCCUGGUGUGUGUCCUCAGGCGGGGGUGCCUCAGCUCUUGGGGCUGCUGGGCUGUUACAUCGCAGGUGUUCGAUUCGCUUUAGAACAGCAUGUUCUCCGAGGGUUCUCCGGGAGCGGUCAUCAGGAGGAGGACGACACCAACCAGUCGGUGUCGUCUAUUGAAGACGACUUUGUGACUGCUCUGGAGCAUCUGGAGGAGGAGGAGGCAGGAGACGGCCCUGGUGCAGCUUCCUUUCGGUAUUUUAAGAAGCGUGAUGUGGCAUCACAGACUAUUCCAUCUCAUAAGAGAAAAAAGGAACUGUUGGGCUCUCGUGUUAUCAUAAGUUCAGUGUCAAAGAAACCCUCAAAACACAAGUCAAGUCCAGACGUGUCAGUGACGGUGCAGAGGUCAGAGGGCGUGGAGUCCCAGUGGACCAUCUGCAGCCCCAAAGCUCCAUUACCCUCUUUGUCUGACCACAUCAGUGAGUCAGAGGAGUCGGACUGCUCCAGUCCAAGUCCAAUCAUUUUCCUGGAUGAUGUCGGAUACCAAAAAAGUCUUUUAGCUAAAUUGGACAUUCCUCAAGUGCCAGGAGGCCCCAGAGACCCAGUGGAGGACUCUGACUCAGAAGUGAGUGAGUUUUUUGACAGUUUUGACCAGUUUGAUGACCUGGAUGAGCAGAGCACUGAGAGCUGCACUCUGGCCCUGCCUCUGGAUCCUAUAUCUGCACCAAAUGCUCAAAAUAAGCCCACUGAUGCCAGCACAGCCCGGGCAGCAGCCAAGUACGUGUCCAGGGGAUGUUCGACUAAAGGAAUGAACCCUCAGCGCUUUGAAGCCCCCACCCUUCCCGCUGGUGUGAAGAAACCCACUCCUCUUAAACCUGGCUCUCCAUAUUCACACCCCUCCGAGCUACCAGAGUCUCCCAGACCAGUGCACACUCCCUCGGAUGAGAACGGAGGUCCGCUCUUCAGCCCUGUCAGCUCCUCAGCCUUCAGCCCGCUCACAGAUGGAAGUGGAAAUCUGGAAUACUUUUGGAAGACGGACGAGGACGGCAAAGGAAACACAGAGCUGCGUAAACCUCAAGAUCUUUGCUCAUUGUAUAAAACCUAUUCCGACUUUGCCAGCAACAUGUCCAAAGAAAUAAUGGAGUCUGUUUGUGGCUUCCAGUCGGCUGUUGACAUCAGUGAUAAUAAAAAUCUCAGUUGUGUCUGUCACAAGGAGUUCACAAACCCUUUGGGUCAUGUGAUGAAACUGUCAGAAAUCCAAGAGACUGUGACCGUUGCCAAACUGCAGAAGACGUCCCAGUCUCUGAAGGAUGGCAUCCAGAGGUUUGCUACAGAUCUGGUGGAAAUGAGCUUGGGCAGCGCUUUCCGCGAUCUUCAAAACAGCGUCUCCUCCUGCACCACAACCUUGUGUCAUCUUGCGGCCAGACUAACAUCAUCUGUGUUUCAAAUGGCGUUUCAUGAGAUCGGGAUGAGGCAUGCGUAUGUGUUAAAAGAGAGAGCCAUCAACGGUCUGGCCGGUUUCCUGGUGGGGGAGGCGCUGUCAGGAGCCCUUUCUGAAUUUCUAACAGUAAAGAAGCAAAUAUUUCACAACACGGUUACACGUUUUGCUGCUGAUUUGGCCGAGGAGCUUGUGUUUGAAGGCAUUAUGGAGGUGUGUCAGUUCUCCCACCCAUCCACUCCACACACACCCAGUGACCGGACCUUUGCGCUGGGCUCGGAAAAAGAGGAAGAGGAGGAGGUUGUUUCCUCUUACGCUUCUGAUCUGUCUGAGUCAGUUCUACAGGAAGCUUUUAUUCAACUGUCCCAGGCUGACGUAGCUUUUACCAGCCAAGCAGCCAUCAGCCUGUCUGUGGAUAACAUGUGCUAUGUCAGCGCAGAGAACACUCACACCAGCAGCACAUUUGCUAAUCAGCAAGUUAUGACCAGCUCCAUCCAGAGCUCUUCAAGGAAAGACCCCAGCUGUACAGUAAAGACGGCUCUGCUCACGGUGUCUGGUAUGGCGAGCUGUGUCCCUGUGCCUAAGGCCGGUCAUGCGCUCUCCCACGUUCAACAACCAGAGGCAAGUUCAUCAGAGAACGCACCUUAUUACGACACUACCACUUCCACACAAACCCCUCCCCUUAUGCAGGAAGAGGACCGAGCCAAGUCUCCGUUCCAAAACUUCUCUGGCAACAUGGUCGAUAAGAUGGUAACGGAAGCGUGCGAGCUGAUUACUGCCUCAAAGGUAAAGAAGAGUUUUGGCGACUGUGCAGAUUUUUUUAGUAAGAUUGGAAGUCAGAAAAGCUCAGAUCAAGGAAACACAGACUCUUCAUCACAGUCAGGGGAGAACAGAAACACUUUUAAAUAUGACUGUAAAGAAAGUAGUCUAAUACAACAUGUACCCGGACCCUCUCGGACGUCCUCUCUGUGUCAAGGGAAAACCCGAAGUCACGUUGACCCGAGGACCAAAAGUGUGGGUGAAACGCAUCCAACCAUGUUAGACACGUUAGAUGUUCCCAGUGUAAAUGCACAAAGGAGGAGAUCGGUCCCGGUGGAUGAGCCAAACUCGGGCCAAAAGUCCGGAGGAACCCCUGGUACGCCUCCAUCCACACCUCAACAGCACAGCGAGGUGUCUAAGGAGAAGCAGAUAAAACAAUUUUCCAAAAAACUGAAAACCAAGCUGGCUAAAGAAUUUGCCCCAGCCACUCCCCCUCCCACGCCGCACUAUCAGCCCGAGCCUGAUCCCAAACUGAAAGAUCCAUCUCCAGAGGCUGAAAAGGCAGAAUUUAUGAUAAAACUCAUGAGAUCCCUUUCAGAGGAGGCAGAGGGUAAUGAGAAUGAAGAUGAUGAAGAGAUGCCAGAGGAGUCAGUGGUUUGUAUCAAAAACAAAAGUUUCGAGACGGGACACAAGAGUUCCCGCCGAAUGUCAAACAAAGAAGCUCUUCAUUAUGCCGAACGCUUGGCCUGCCAUAUUGUCUCCAUGGCAACGGAGAUGGACACCCUGGGAAUGUCUGACGAAGAAGAAGGGAGUGUGAGCGGAGCGAGGCGGAGAGAUAGUGUGGCUCAGUUUUCCGAGCAGACUCUGAACGCGCUGUGGGUGUACGCCGGAGAGGUGGCAGGAGAGGUUAUCAACGAUGUCAAACGAAUGGUGAGCUCGGGACAGCAGUGUCCUUAUCACACGACCAUCAGGAGGAGGAGCUACGACCGGCCGACCUCUGAGCGAGUCGUACACACGGGGCAGAACCGGCCCGGCAGACUGGCAGAUCACUGGUCCAAUGAUUUAAUAGCGUCAGUACUGCGUUCCACUCCCUCUUCCAGCACGGCGUCCAGCUCCAGCUCAGGGCUGUCGUCUGAGUAUCCGAGCUGUGAGAGCGUCACAGACGAAUACGCUGGUUACCUCAUAAAAGUGCUCAAGAAGGAAGGAGGCAGCAGGGAGCUAGUUCUAGAUCAGUAUGCUAGCCGCUUGGCCUACCGUUCCAUAAAGCUGGGCCUGGCUCAUGCUAGCAGAAAAAUAAAGCAUAGGUCCUCCAGCGCACGUCUUAGUUUAUCAAAGUCCCUCACAGACGAAUCAAAGAGAGAAACAUUCUCCACCAAACACAAACCAAGAAUCAGCCCGUCUAAUGAGGAGGCUCAGUGUAGUUGUAAGUCAGAGGAGCAAAGUCAGAAGGACUAUGUGGACCUGGUGAACUUUGCAGAGUCCUUGGCCUACAGCAUCACCUGUGACAUCUCACAGAAGAUGCACCGCUCCUCUGUACGGCUGCCCAAGUCUCUGACUGACUCCUGCCUUUAUAAAAAGUCCCAGUUCAACAACAUGGCUGAAAACCUGAUACGAAACUCUUUCUCCUGCCCACUUUUAUCCAGAGAGGGUCAGAGGAGACACCAUCACAGCACAGGCAGCCUGUACGACAGCAGCUACAGCAGUAGAAUGAUGCAAGUGAUCGAACAUUAUGCUCGGAAGAUUGUUGAUGAUACACUGAAGAUGAGCCUGGCCUCCAUGGGUCCCACCCCAGAGCAUCAGAGGAUCCUGGAGCACACCAGACACUCUCACGCUCAGAGACUGUCUGAGGGAGCAGUGUUAGGGCACAACGUGAGGGAGAGGACCUGUCACUACUGUCAGGAGCGGCCCUUCUGCUCUAAGCUCAGCUCCCAUCACCACCUGCACCCUGCGUUCAGGAGGAGAACGGGGUCAGAAGGUCCACCUCACUCCAGCAUGGAUAUCCCCAAGAUACACAUAGAUCUGGACCGUAAAGCGGCGUUUGCCGAAGAAAUGGUCUCAAUGGCGAUGGAGGUGGCCAAACGUGAGCUGAGUAACACCAGUCUAAACGCGGACAGUGGUAUUGGAUACGAUGGAGCGAGUUACGCUGAAAGCCUGACAGCAGAGAUCAUAACCUCGGCUUUAACCAACGUCUGCCAGGCUGCCAGCAACAGCUCUCAGGGCCGGGAAGUCACAGAGUCAACAGUGUCCCAGCAGCUGAGUGUGGGGGACGACAGCGUGGGCAGCUGGUCAAACCUGAGCUUUGAGGACGAACACCCGGACGACAACAGCAGCUUCCUCCACCUCAGCGACAGCAAUGGGAACAGCAGCAGUUGGAGCAGUCUGGGCCUUGAGGGUGAGGCCUGUGAGGAGUGUCUUUCCUCCCCCUCAGACAGUGACCACAUAGAGGACAAAGAGACAGAGACGAGGGAAGAAUCUAGCGGGACCGUCUGCGCCGACAGGACCGAGGUGCAGGCUCCGAGGACCGCGCUGGUCGUCCUGAACACGGACGUUGUGGAGCGUGUGCGGGGGCAUUCCAGCGUGACCUUUGACCCCCAGCUCAGGAGCCUGCUGCAGUGGGUGGCGGCCUCCAUGGUCGACAUACACCAGAUCCAGCUCAGUCCAGACAGAGAGCUGCAGCAGCUGCCAGCGGUGGUCCAGAAGCUGCGUGAGAAGCGGUGGGGGGUGGGGGAGCUGCUCCACACUCUGCUGCGUUACUGUGAGGACGGCCCAGCGCAGAGCCAGCCUCUGCCCAGAGAGGAGAGUCUGCAGGCAGGCAGAGAACCCGCCCGAAUCCCCCUGUUCCAGUGGCUCCUGGAGCAUGCCUAGGGUCCAUUGCUUAGAUUUUUUUUUUUUUUCCUUUCCUCUCUCAUUUCCAAUAGGGCUUUGCAAAUUCCAUUACUGCCUCUAGAGGGCGGCAUACAAAUCUGUUAUAAAAAAUGAAUGUGACCAUAUUUGACAUUUCAUGCAGUGCUCUAAAGUUCUGUAUUCACUUUUCCUACUUUCUGUUGUUUAUUCUUAGUUUCAUCCACCUCCUCCUUUACAUCUGUCUUGAACUCUUACCUCUAGGGCAACAGAAAGAAUGGAAGAAAAACAGGGACCCAGCCCCUCUGUCUCAAACAGAGCGACGCAGGGGCUAAAAGGAAGUGUGUUUCUGUGAGGGAAUCCCCAUUGCUGUCGUCCGAUGACGUCACCAGCCACAGCUCACCUCUGUGGUGGUGUUCGCACAUGUUCUGAGACCAGCACUUACACACCACACCCUCAUUAUCAGCCAUAAAACAACCUGUCUGACUGUUUUCUGAUGAUGCAGUCUGACAGGUGCCCCCCCCACUGGCUUCUUCUAUUGUUAUUGUUACUUUCGCAGUAACUCGUCAACGCCAUAAUGAUUACAAUCCAUCUCUAUUAAGUAUUAAACGGUUCUAGUCUCAGUGUAAUCUUGUCCACAUGUGAACGAUAUGUGGCCCGUCAUGAGCUCAUUAUGACUUUAUUUCGUAUAUUUCACAGUGUCAUUUUGCAUUAUUAAUCAUUACAUCCAUCAACUGAAUGAAGAAAACCUAUAAUGAAGUUGCCUGUUGCUGAUUUUAGUGUUAACUGUACAAUUAUUUGCCUAGUAACAAUCUUGAUUUUGAAACUUAGUAAAA